AAAAAGUUAGCAGAAGGUGGAUUAGGCAUAAUUUAUCUUGGUAAAUUAUGGAAGAAAAUUGAUGUUGCCAUCAAAUUACUGAAAUCAAACGAUCAAGAUGAAGAAUUUGAACAGGAAGUUUCCCUUCUAAGUUCAUUAAGACAUGAUAAUAUUGUUACAUUUUAUGGUAUUUGUAUGUCAGAUGAUGCCAAGUAUAUGAUUACAGAGUUUGUUGAAAAGGGAUCAUUGGAUAAAGCUCUGUACAAGUCAAGGAUUGGAGAGGUGUCAAUGUCAAUUCAAAAGAAAAUGUCAAUA